AUUUACAAUGCAAGUAAUUAAUUAAUUAAAGUCAAAAUAAUGGCAUUAGCAGGACCGUCAUUACUUUCAACAAAAAAAAGUUCAACUCCUCAAUUACAAAAGAAAAAAUUAACCGACGAUGAAAUAAUUGAUCUGCAUCAAGAAUUGCAAACAGAUGAUCAUAUAAUUCCUCUGGAUGAACUCUGUAUUAAAUUGAAUACUAACAUCGACACUGGAUUGACUGGGGAAGAAGCUAAAUUACGUCUCGCUCAAUCACCAAAUGCUCUGACUCCACCGAAAGUAACUCCCGAGUAUAUAAAACUAUUAAAGUCCAUGUUUUCCGGAUUCGCAAUACUAUUGUGGAUAUGUGCAGGGUUCUGUUUUCUAAUUUACCUGAUAAAUUACCUGCUGUAUCCCGACAGCUACGAGGACCAGGGCAUCGAGUGGUUCGGAGUGAUGAUAAUAGUUAUUUGUUUAAUAUCCGGAAUGUUUUCUUACAUCCAAGAAGGAAAAAAUUCACGUGUGAUGGAAUCGUUUUCUCGUAUGGUUCCGACUUUCGCACUAGUAAUUAGAGAAGGUGAAAAAAUAUUAAUUCCCACUGAGGAAAUAGUGCUAGGAGAUAUCGUCGAGAUAAGAAUGGGUGACAAAAUACCCGCUGACAUACGGAUAAUUCGCUGUGUCGGUUUAAGAGUCGAGAACUCGAGCAUCACCGGGGAGAGCGAACCAAUAGCGCGGACUGAUUAUCCAACUGAUCCAAAUCCUCUGGAAUCACAGAACAUGGCCUUUUUUUCGUCGUUCGCAGUCGCAGGCGAGGGUACGGGAAUCGUAAUAGCAACUGGAGAUCAAACAAUGAUCGGACGCUUAGCCGGACUAACAACUCAAGUUGUAAAAGACGAAACUCCAAUAGCUAAAGAAAUAAAUAAUUUUGUUAAAAUUAUAACUAUUGUUUCCCUCAUGUUUGGCGGGUUAUUUUUUAUAAUAUCACUGAUUAUUGAACCCAAUAUUAUUAAAGGUUUCACUUAUUUACUCAGUAUCGUGAUAUCUAAUAUACCGGAAGUAUUAUUGGUCACAGUGACAACAAGUUUAACAUUGACGGCUAAAAAAAUGGCCAACAAAAAUUGUCUGGUGCGUAAUCUAGAAGCUGUCGAAACUUUGGGUUCAACAUCAACGAUCUGCUCCGACAAAACAGGAACGUUGACGCAAAAUAAGAUGACGGUAUCUAAUAUGUGGUUUGGAAAUAUCCGUCACCAUGUAUCAGCAGUUAUAGGAAACUUGGGAGUCGAACGUGACCUAUUGCUUGAAAAACCGGCAUUCAAUUCCAUAAUAAAAGCUUCGACUUUGUGCCUAAGAGCCGAGUUUCGUAUUGACUCGGAUUUAUUUACACGAAUAGAAGAUCGCGACGUUAUUGGAGACGCAUCAGAAACAGGAAUUAUAAAAUUCUGCGAGCAUAUCCAUUCAACAAAACGUUAUCGGGUAAAUUAUCCUAAAGUUACUGAAGUACCAUUUUCUUCAGUGACAAAAUAUCAAUUGUCGAUACACCGAGAUGAAGAAGGUUACAAUGUUUUCAUCAAAGGAGCACCAGAAGUAAUUAUUGACUUUUGCAUAAACAUUCUGUCAAUGGAUGGCACAACAAGAUCAUUAACUGCGGAGGACAUCUUUCAAGCAAAACGGGCUUGUACUGAAUUAGGAUUUUUAGGCGAACGUGUACUGGCUUACUGUGAUUUAUUUUUGCCUUACAAAGAUUACAGUGAUAACUACGAAUUCGAUACUUCUUCAAUUAAAAAUUACAAUUUUCCAAUGAGUGGUUACAGAUUUCUGGGACUGUUAAGUUUACUAGAUCCUCCAAGAGCUUCAGUUCCAGAUGCUGUCCACACAUGUCGCGCCGCGGGAAUUAAAAUAAUAAUGGUGACUGGUGACCAUCCAGUGACUGCGAUGGCCAUUGCAAAGACAAUAGGAAUCAUCAGCGAAGGACAUGAGACGCGUUAUGAAAAACUGCUGCAUUUAGACAAUAAACUGUUUAGUAGCAGCAGCAAUAAAUCAUCAACGGUAACUUCAACUUCGGAGAAUAAUGAUGAUAAUUACAAAGCGAUUAUCGUAACUGGUACAGAGUUACGUUUUAUGACUGAUAAUGAACUGGAUAAUGUUAUUAAAAAUUAUGAAGAAAUAGUAUUUGCUCGUACAUCACCUCAGCAAAAAUUGAUAAUUGUCGAAAGUUGUCAACGUCUUGGUGAAAUAGUUGCUGUCACUGGAGACGGAGUUAAUGAUUCUCCGGCAUUACGCAAAGCUGACAUUGGUAUUGCGAUGGGUAUAACUGGAUCAGAUGUUGCUAAAAGUGCUGCAGAUAUGGUACUAAUGGAUGACAAUUUUUCGUCAAUUGUUACGGGGAUAGAAGAAGGCCGAUUGAUAUUCGAUAAUUUAAAAAAAUCAAUUGUCUAUACUUUAACCUCGGGAAUGCCUGAAAUGUUACCAAUGUUAAGCAGCCUAGUUUUAUCAAUACCUUUACCUAUUGUUAUUGAAUUAGUACUGUGUAUUGACAUUGGUACCGAUUUAUUACCAGCGAUUGCAUUGGCUUAUGAAAAGGCCGAGUCAGAUAUUAUGAAACGCCCGCCGCGAAAUCCGCAGUAUGAUAAACUGGUUAACAACCGAUUGAUUUCAAUGGCCUAUGGGCAAAUUGGUAUGACCCAAGCACUCGCGGGUUUGAUGAAUUACUUUUUAAUUCUCGGUUACCAUGGGUUCUUACCGGGUGACUUGUUGGGACUGAGACAAAACUGGGAAAACAAAAAUAUUGUUGAUUUAAAAGAUUCUUAUGGACAGACAUGGAACUACGAGAGUCGGAUGACUUUGCUGAGUGAAGCGAGAACUGGGUACUUUAUUGCGAUAGUUAUCACGCAGAUGAUGGAUUUGAUAAUGUGUAAGACGCGAAGAAAUUCGCUGUUUCAACAGGGAAUGGAUAAUUGGUUCUUGAAUAUAUCAAUUGGUUUUGAAGUAUUACUGACCGCUGUUAUUUUAUAUACUCCGGGUGCUGAUAAAAUAUUUAAAACUUUUCCUAUUGACCCGUAUUGGUUACUACCUUGUUUACCGCUUGGUUUAUUUUUGUGGGCAUACGAUGAAGGAAGAAGGUAUAUUAUCAGAAGGUAUCCCAAGAGUAUUAUUUAUAGUGAAACUUAUUAUUAA